CUCGGAUUUGACUUGGAGUCGCGCACAGCAAGAGCGCACACAAUGACUGUGCAAUAAAAUCUAAAACCUCUCCAAAUCUUCCAUAUGCGAUGCACGAAAGUAAAGAGAGCCAAACUCUGCCGGGCUAAUUACAUAUCCAGAAUUUGUAGUGCUUUUUGUUAUCAAGUGGGAUCUUAAAAUAUUUAUAAUUUCAAAUGAAUAUGCCGUGUAUUGAUUAUUAAUAUUAUUGGAUAUGAACUUUGUCAGAUAAUCUUUCCAAGCCUUCCAAAUAUGGAAAAGAUCGCAUGCUAAUAUCUGUGUGUUCGCUGUCAAACGGUCUGUCAUAUUAAUAUGUACCUAAACGCGUCUUCUGUUCUGCCAAAUACUCAGUAAAGUUUCAGGAAAUAUUGAGUAAUAUUGGACUAAAGUUAACUCACUUCAUAAAAGAUUCGUCGAAAUAUUUCGAAGACACAGACAGUUAUUACAAGGUAACAUGAAUACGGAUUAAUACAUUGUAGGUCAUUGUAAAGAUAGUUCAGAGAUUCGAAUUGUGUGGACGAUUAUUUCUGAUAAAAUAGAUUUUUAUCUUUAAAGCUUUGUGAGAAUAUCAGUUGAGUUCGACAGUUCAGUUUUAAACAGUAUAUUCUACAUUCAAGUUUCAAUCAACACACUUAAACGACAAAUACACUAGACAAAUGUAUAGGCCUUGAAACAACAUACAACUAGCUAUAUUCUUCGACUAUAAACGCUCUGUAUAAAGACGAAAGUCUGUAGUUUAAAUGGAUUAUAUUUAAUGUCGUAUCGUUUUUGUAAGUGGAACAUAUGAUUCUGAUUCCUGCUUUCCAUUCGGUUGUGACAAGAUCAGUAUCAAGGGAGCAAUCAGUAAACACUGAUUUGCAUAUAAAGCACACAAAUUGACGACAGAUUAGAUACAGACUACUUCACAUCGGGAUAUAUGGUGGUGAGUGGUGACCAUACGAAAAUCAGUCUCAGCAGCUAUAAUUCGCGUAUACCGACACAAGUCGUGAUCACUGUAAACAGAAAGAGAUUAUUCAUCAUGUAAUACAUUGCGGUUAUACCAAUAUAAAUGAUUAAUGCUUAGAGACAUCUGGCUAUCAACAUAACGGCACGUUUGCUAACUAGCUCUUCUAUAUUUUAGAGCAAGAAGAAUUUCAAAGCGUUGAAACAGAAAUACACUAUAGAAAUGGCUGUGGUAAUUUUUUUUGCUUUAAAUUUUAUAGAUCUACUCUCGUCAGUAAGUUCGGUAACGGUUGAAAACCAUACUGGUUUGGAUUAUUGUCUAGCCAUUACAUUAUAAUACACCGUUUGAUUUAUCUUUGUUCUGCUAUCGUUUAUCAGGAAAAUGCCGAAUGGGAACAAACCGCCCGUGAAUGGAUAGAAACGGUGGGAGGGUUUAAACUCGGCAGUGACAGUUUGCAGCACGAACUGAAAAAUGGGAUCGCACUCUGCAAGUAUGUCGUAUUUUAUUUAUACACACAUGCACCAUACCAUACUAUGUGAUACCAUACUGCGUCAUAAAACACCAUAGCAUAACAUACCAUUCCCUUACCAUACCAUACCACACCAUACAAACACGAUAGCACACCCAAUUCUUCUCCAAUAUGUUCCUUUAUAUCCUUAUAGCUUUAUAAAUGCUCUGCAACCAGGGUCCGUUCAGAAGGUUAGCAAACUACCAGGACCUUUCAACCAGGUAUUAAAUGUAAUUUUUAUUACUUUAGUUCAUUUUAUUACUUAAGUUCUCAGUUUUAACAAGUUCUAGCAAAAAUUACCUCUUGUGACAUGGCUUUACAGCAAGACAGCAGUUUGGUAUUGGGAAUUUAAUGAUUGAUUUCUAGAUGGAAAAUAUCAAGGCAUUUUUGGACGCAGUUGAGAAAUAUGGGUUAGCUAAAGAAGACACGUUUGUAACGGUAGAUCUGUUUGAAGGACGAAAUAUGAAACAGGUGAGAUUUUAUACAAUUAGUGAACAAGAAUCUUUUUCCAAGAAGAAGUUCGUCAAAACUAAUUAAUAUACCGUAAACUUCCGAACAUAAGCCCCCCCCCCCGAAUAUAAGCCCCCCCCGUCUAUAAGCCCAUCAAAUUACUAACGUUCACACCAUUCCGUAUAUAAGCCCCCCGAAUAUAAGCCCACCCCUACAUAAGCCCACCCGUAUAUAAGCCCAUCACACUAUAAUACCGGUAAAUUACACAAAAAAAUCCACUACAUUGCAUUAAAUUUCAACUAAGACUACGUCUACGGUAUGUAUUUAUUUAAACAAAGGUUAUAAAGGAUUACAAAACACUUGACAGUUCGUCCCGAUUUUGCCUCAAGGAGUCACGGACAUAUUUUUUGUGCAGUUUCGGUCCGUAAAUAUAGUACGUGUUUUCUUACUAUUAACCUAAGAUGUGGUCCGUGUAUAAGCCCCCCGUAUAUAAGCCCCCCCAUGUAUAAGCCCAUCAAAAAAGGCUUAUGAAAUUAUAUAAGCCCAGGGCUUAUAUUCGGAAGUUUACGGUACUCCAAACACGGAGUUACUAUUGUUAAGCCUGGUUUACACUAUCAAAGUUUAUACAAUUACUUUAUGGUUUUCGUGUUUGGAUCGUCUGAUCCAAACACGCGGGAAUGUUGCGAGAGUUAAGAAAAGCGAGCGAUAUCACGAGCCGAAGGCGAGUGAUUUUGCGCGCUUUUCUUAACUCAAGCAACAUUCCCAAGUGUUUGGAUCAGUCCAUCCAAACACGGAAACCAUAAAGUAAUUGUUUUAUAAAAUAACAACAACACGAUAGUCUUCCGUGUUUGGAUGGCCUGAUCCAAACACGGCUUUCGACCAAUCAGAACACGCGUUAUAUACAUGUUAUUUUAUAAUCUGUGAUCACACUAGGAAUUUUGAAGAAUUUUUAGGAAAUGUUUGAGGGAAUUGACUCAGUGUUUAACGGUUUUAAGGGUUGGGGUUGAGGCGCGGGCUAGGUUAAACAUUAAGUCAGUUUGCUCAAAUAUUUCUUACAAACCUUCAGAAAUGCUAUAUAUGAAAAAAAAAUCCUAUGCGGCAAAGUGCCAAAAAAGUUCAUUUACGUAUUUUGUUAUUAUAUUGAGUUUCUCACUCACUGGUGAGCGGAUUUCCCAACAGGCUAUUGCCCAAUUGAUAGGGGAUCCAAGGUACCGACGAUUUUAACGUCCUUAUCCGAGAAGACGCGAAAGUCUAACCAUUUAUUGAUGUGAAUGUAAAGGUAGCUCUUUCUCCUCAGUUAUUUUAAGACCUUGAGUAGAGAUCCGACCAAGGAUUGAACCCCGGGUCUCCCAGCUUGAAAGGCAAGCGUGGUGAUCACAAGAGUUGGUUUAAUCUAUACUACGAUUCUAUGAAGUUUAGGGACCGGUCAUUAUUUAUGGCUGGGGGUGGCACCGAAGAGAAAAAGGUUGGGUAAAAACCAUUUUGAGUAAGUAAAAGGUUGGGUAAAUGAAAAACAAAACAACCCAAGGUUGGGUAAUAAAAAAUUAUUGUCAUUUCCAAAGCAUGACUCACUGAAAUAUUGGAGACUAAAAAGCAUACUGUAUGUAAAUACAAUAUGUGAAUCAAUCAGAGUCACCAUCUGUCAUUUUCCGAUUUGUUGGGAGACAAAUGGUAUCUCCAUUUAGAAACUACAUGUGCAGACAAAAUGAAACUUUAGACAGCAGAACAUUUCACAAUCCGUUGUCAAACUCGUAUCACAGAAGUGGUAGAGGACAUGGUGACAACUGAAUGGUAUCCUUUUGCAAAGUUUUUGGCCAGGGGUGGGUAUUUAUUUUUUAAUUGAUAUUUGAGGUUGGGUAAUCAGUUUUUUUUACUUUUUAACGGUUGGGUCAGCAAAAUGUUUGCUACGAAAAACAUUUCUCCCCCCCCCCCCCCCCCAUAAAUAAUGACCGCUCCCUUAACAUUUUUUCAUCAUAGGUUAUAAGGACUAUUUAUGCCAUUGGAAGAAAGGUAAGAAAAAUAGUAGUAUAACAACUUUGUUCAACAAAUACGAGAAAUAUCAGGUUGUGACCGCACCACGAUAGCAGUUGUAUGAUAUAGGAAGCAUCAUAAAAGUUUGUCAACACGUUUGAUACAAAACAGGUUUAAAACAGACUGAAUAGUUGACAAGUAGCUUUACUGCGUUAUUCGUUUUCAGGCCCAAGAAAAGAACGCGCCGUAUCCACCACUCGGUCCCAGGGAGUCGAAAGAGAACAGGCGAGAUUUCACGAAGGAACAACUAGAAGCUGGAAAACACGUUGUUGCUAUGAGAUUUUAAAGAUAUUUUUAUUUAUCGCUGAGAAUUUAUUACACAAUUAUUUUUCACACUGAGUAAAACAAGAAUAUGUCGUGUGCAUUUGCCUGGUAGAAAUAUUGUAAAAGAUGGUGUAAAGCGUGACGAUGUAAAGAGUGUGUGUGGAGGUUAUUUUUGAAACUUAUAUUGCAAAGAAUGUAAAAAU